UUUAUAUGAACUAUCCAACCGCCUUGUUGUGAAAGUUCAUUCUUACCGUACGUUUAUGAACACGUGUCGGAUACCAUUUCAAACAUUAGUUUAUAAUUAUAUUAGAAUCACUUAUGGCUCACUCAGAGAUAUCAGGACUAAGUGAUGAUGACCAUGGGUCACUGGACGAGGAGUACAUAUACGGUCGAUGGGGAAGGUAUCAGGUAUUUCAAGUAGCCAUAGUGUGUUUCCAUCUAUUGCAAACAGGAUUCCAACUUUUGAUGGGAGUUUUCAUCGCGUACAGACCCCCUGGCUCUCGGUGUGCAGUUGUAGAGUUUGACAACCUGACUCAAAUGAACUCUUCUCUGUAUGUAACAUACGAAUCAUGUAACAUCAAAGUGUUUUACAACGAUACCACUGCUCAGAAAUUGAUUAAGGAAACCGGAUGCCUCAACGGCUUCUGGUACACUUUAGACAAAGACAGCACCAUUGUAACAGAGAUGGAUCUUGUCUGUGAUCGAGCAUACUUAGCAGAAGUACUCCAAUCACUGGUCUUUGUGGGACAGAUGGUCGGUGCAGCAUUCGCCUCCUCUCUCAGUGAUAGAUUUGGAAGAAAAACUGUUCACCUUUGCUCCACCCUUUUGACCUUUAUCUUUGGCAUUAGUGUGGCGUUUACUCAAAACUAUAUAUCACUUGCGAUCUUAAAAUUCAUUCUAGGCGUUUUGCAGCAGGGAAUGGUUGUUACCGGUUCGGUGCUGUCGUUAGAGCUAUUUCCAGAAAAGACUCGUUUCUAUAGCGAGGGUCUGCAAGCCCUUUUCUGGACCUCGGGUUUGGUCAUUAUGGCCCCCAUUGCCUUUCUGAUGCAAAACUACUCGUGGAGAUACUUACAAAUUACACUUACUUCAUUUUCUGCUCUUAGUCUUAUUCAGUUCUGGGUACAAGAUGAAUCACUACGGUGGCUAGCAGUCAAUGGUAAAUAUAGAGAAGCAUACAGGGUAGUAAGAAAGGUGGCCAGAUGGAAUAAACUGAAUUAUGAGGAUCUUAAAAACAUCGUGGACAGAAGAAUGGCGAGAGCUGAGAAGGACAAAUGCAUGAUGGAGGAUAAGAAACACUCAGAAAAAUCUAAGGAAACUAUCAUCGUGGAAAAGCUAACCAUAGUUAACAUCAUAAAGAACAAAUCCAUUUUCAUUAUAUCAGUAAUGAUGUGGUUUACAUGGGUAACCAAUAGCCUGACAUACUUUGGAUUGACCUUGACCUCAACAUCAUUGGCUGGGAAUCGGUUUUUGAAUUUUUUCCUCUCAGUCUGUGUAGAAUAUAUUGGGAGAAUUCUGGAGUUUAUAAUGCUUCGAUGCCUUGGAAGACGAACAAUUACGUUAAUUUUUCACACCAUAACAGGGACAGCAUUGGCUCUUUCCACUGCUUUGAACCACUUCUCAGAAGGAAGCCAGCCAGCGAUAAUGACAUCAGUUGUGACGUCAUUUAUAGGUAAACUGUCAAUAACAGGUUCAUUUAGCCUGCUGUUUCUCUUCACCGCAGAACUUUAUCCAACAAACCUCAGGAAUGCUGGUUUAGGGAUUUCCUCAUCUUUCUCUAGAGUAGGCGCCAUUGUGUCCCCCUUUGUCGGAUUGCUGGCAAGAGAAAUACCUUGGGCACCAGGAACUAUUUUUUCUUCUAUGUGUUUCAUUGUGGUAAUACUUUCUGUGUACUUACCGGAAACACGAGGAUGGGAUCUACCUCAGACAAUGGCGGAAGUAAAAGUGUGGUACAAGGAAAAAAGUGGAUUCCGGUUGCAGAAAGGUCGGAGGAGGACUGAGAUUCUGAAGGUGUUAGAUAUAAAAUAGAAAAUAUGCUAUUAUACAGUAUUAUUGUACGUUCUGAGAAAAAUAAAAUAUACAAUUUA